AUGGCAGUGGAGUCGUUGUCAGCCGACUGGGAGUUUGAUCGCUUUGAUGACGGAUCUCAGAAAAUUCACACUGAAGUGCAGCUGAAAAACUAUGGGAAGUUCUUGGAGGAAUAUACAUCUCAGCUCAAAGCUAUUGAGGAAGCCCUCGAUGACUCCAUAGGAGAUGUUUGGGAUUUCACUCUGGAUCCAAUAGCUUUGAAGCUUCUUCCUUAUGAACAGUCCUCACUUUUGGAGUUAAUUAAAACAGAAAACAAGGUCCUUAAUAAGGUCAUUACAGUGUAUGCAGCUCUCUGCAGUGAAGUUAAGAAGCUGAAAUAUGAGGCUGAGACAAAGUUCUACAAUGGUUUGCUGUACUAUGGUGAAGGAGUGUCAGACACGAGUGUGGUGGAGGGCGAGUGCCAGGUUCAAAUGGGACGUUUCAUCUCCUUCCUGCAGGAGCUAUCUUGCUUUGUGUCACGUUGCUUUGAAGUUGUGGUAAAUGUGGUUCACCAGCUGGCUGCACUGUACAACAGCAACAAAGGUGCUACAAAAAUCAUCGAGUCAAGUGGAGUACAUUUUCAGACUGUGUAUGAGCACCUGGGUGAACUGUUGGUGGUUCUGAUCACCCUGGAUGAAAUUAUGGAAAACCAUGCCACACUGAGAGACCACUGGAAGAUGUACAAAAGAUUACUCAAAUCUGUCCACCAUAACCCUUCUAAAUUUGCUAUUCCGGAAGAGAAACUGAAACCAUUUGAGAAGCUUUUACUGAAGCUGGAAGGCCAGCUGCUAGACAGCAUGAUCUUUCAGGCUUGUGUUGAUCAGAGAUUUGAUAAUCCAGCAGAAGGUGUAUCGGUCUCUAAAAACAGUGCCUUUGCUGAGGAGUUUGCCCAAAACAUUCGCACUAUUUUUGCCAAUGUGGAAUCAAAACUUGGGGAGCCUGCAGAGAUUGACCAAAGGGAUAAAUAUGCAGGGGUCUGUGGCCUCUUUGUCCUCCAUUUCCACAUCUUUCGAACUGUUGACAAGAAGCUCUAUAAGGCUCUUUUGGAUGUGUGUAAAAAGGUCCCUGCAGUGACACUCACUGCCAACAUAAUCUGGUUUUCUGACACCUUUUUAAUUAACAAAGUGCCAGCAGCAGCCAAAAUGAUGGAUAAAAAGAGUCUCCAGGCCAUUCGAACCAGCAGAGAUACCUUCUUACAACAAAAGGCACAAACAUUAACCAAGGAUGUACAGUCUUACUAUGUGUUUGUGAGCUCGUGGAUGAUGAAGAUGGAAGCUAUCUUAUCUAAAGAGCAGAGGACUGACAAACUUUCAGAAGACCUGAGCAACAGGUGCAAUGUAUUUGUGCAGGGAAUCCUAUAUGCCUACAGCAUCAGCACCAUCAUAAAAACCACCAUGAACCUGUACAUGUCCAUGCAGAGGCCCAUGACCAAGACUUCUGUGAAGGCCUUGUGUCGUCUGGUGGAGCUACUGAAGGCAGUACAGCACACAUUUCACCGGCGUUCUCUAGUAGUGGCAGACUCUGUGUCGCACAUCACUCAGCAGCUGCAGUCACAGGCUCUGACCUCUAUUUCUACAGCUAAGAAAAGAGUGAUCUCUGAUAAGAAGUACAGUGAGCAGAGACUGGAUGUGCUCUCAGCCCUAGUUCUGGCUGAGAACAUUCUGAAUGGGCCGAGCACCAGAGAAAGAAGACUGGUGUUGUCUCUAGCGCUCAGUGUGGGCACUCAGAUGAAAACCUUCAAGGAUGAGGAGCUUCUUCCUUUACAACUUGUCCUUAAGAAGCUGGACCUGAUCAGUGAAUUAAGAGAGAGGGUCAAAGUUCAAUGUGACUGCAGCUUUCUCUACUGGCACCGUGCAAUCUUUCCCAUUUACCUGGAUGAUGUGUAUGAGAAUGCUGUGGAUGCGGCAAGGAUUCAUUAUAUGUUCAGUGCUCUCAGAGACAGCGUACCCACCAUGUUACACGCCAAACACAUGGAGUCCUGUGAGCAGCUGCUGGAGUGCUACGACAAAGAGAUUAUAGAUGUCUUCAACGAGCAUUUGUUGGACAAACUGUGUAAAGAGAUAGAGAAGGAUCUGCGGCUCUCUGUGCACACGCACCUCAAGCUGGAUGACAGGAACCCAUUCAAAGUAGGCCUGAAGGACCUGGCACACUUUUUUUCCCUCAAACCUAUUCGCUUCUUCAAUCGCUUCAUUGACAUCAAAGCCUAUGUAACUCACUACCUGGACAAAACAUUUUACAACCUGACCACAGUGGCUCUUCAUGACUGGGCCACAUACAGUGAGAUGAGGAACCUGGCAACUCAGCGCUACGGUCUGGUCAUGACUGAGGCCCAUCUCCCCAGCCAGACUCUAGAACAGGGACUGGAUGUGUUGGAGAUCAUGAGAAACAUCCAUGUUUUUGUCUCACGUUACCUUUACAAUCUGAACAACCAGAUCUUCAUUGAGAAGACCAGCAACAACAAGCACUUGAAUACCAUCAAUAUUCGGCACAUUGCGAACUCUAUACGCACCCAUGGAACUGGCAUCAUGAACACUACUGUAAACUUCACUUAUCAGUUCCUCCGGAAGAAGUUUUACAUCUUCAGCCAGUUUAUGUAUGAUGAGCACAUCAAGUCCAGGCUCAUCAAGGACAUCCGUUUCUUCAGGGAAACCAAAGACCAGUCCGAUCAGAAGUACCCCUUUGAGAGAGCAGAAAAGUUCAACCGGGGAAUUAGGAAACUAGGAAUCACUCCAGAUGGUCAGAGCUACUUGGACCAGUUCAGACAACUCAUCAGCCAGAUUGGUAAUGCGAUGGGGUAUGUACGAAUGAUCCGCUCUGGAGGUCUGCACUGCUGCAGUAGUGCUAUUAGGUUUGUUCCUGACCUUGAGGACAUUGUAAACUUUGAGGAGUUGGUGAAGGAGGAGGGUCUCUCUGAGGAGACCCAGAAAGCAGCCAGCCUCCUAGACUCUGUCCUCAGUGACCUGACCAGUAACUCUGCAGAGGGGACUGAGUACUUCAAAAUGCUCGUGGGUGUGUUUGCCCCAGAGUUUCGCAGUGUGAAGAACAUGCACUUGAGGAACUUCUACAUGAUCGUUCCUCCUUUGACGGUGAAUUUCGUGGAGCACUCCAUCAGUUGCAAGGAGAAGCUGAACAAAAAGAACAAAAAUGGUGCUGCGUUCACAGAUGAUGGCUUUGCCAUGGGUGUUGCCUACAUUCUGAAGCUGCUGGACCAGUAUCAAGAGUUUGAUUCGCUGCACUGGUUCCAGGCAGUCCGUGAGAAAUACAUGAAAGAGAUGAAUGCAGUGGUGAAAGAGCAGAAUGUUCAAGCCACCAGCCAAGAUGAGAAACUCAUGCAGACCAUGAACUUAACUCAGAAGAGACUAGAUGUCUAUCUGCAGGAGUUCGAGCUGCUGUACUUCUCUCUGAGCAGUGCACGCAUCUUCUUCAGGGCUGAUAAGACUGCAGCAGAGGAAACCCAGGAAAAGAAGGACAGGGAGGAUGUUGCUAAAGCAGAUGCUGCUUCCUCUGAGGCAUCCGUUUCCACUGAAUCCAGUGCCAAAUGAAACUGUUGAAGUCUUGGAAGUCAUUAAUGACUGUAAAUAAAGUGUACCCAGGAGGAGUAUAGAGUGCCAUAUGUUGGGUGGUAAAUGAGUCUUAUAUUGCUGGGAGCCUUCAUUUUUGGGCUAUGAAUUGGAAAGGUACAGUGAGAAAGCUGUGGAACAUUUACUUCUGAUGCACUUCAUUUGACUGGAACUGAUAUUUGUGUUCAUUGAUCUGCUUUUAGAAGGAUGGGGUUCUGUCAUCACACAUUACUUGUUAUCCCCUGCUACAUUCGGAUUUAGCUUCGUUCAGAACUGUUACACUUUCCAGGUGUGCAAGUUUGGCAGCUGUCACUGAUUGAUGAGAGAAAUAAUAAUACUAUUAACCACUGCUCAGUCAAAAGGGCUAUUUUAAUAUGGUAAGUCUGGUGUGAGAAAAUUAGAAAUUGCAUUUUAAUUGAUUAACAAAUCAUUCAAGGUGGUUAGUAAUUUAAUUAGAAAUGUUUUCCUGAUCUUUUUAGUGUAGUUACAAACUGGACUUACGUAUGAACCUUAGAGAAUAACUGGCCUUCAGUAUUUUAGUACUUACAUACCCAGUCAAAUUAGGUUCAGUAGGGUUGCUUGUCAAUUUUAAUGGUCUUAAAGAACAGCUCUGCCAUAAAGUCAUAGGUCUGUAAUAAGUGGACUGCAUUAAGCAGUGUAAAUGUUGGCUAUGUACAACCCUAAAAAUCAUAACAAGCAAAUGUUUGUCAUGUAGCAAACUAACAUUCUAUUUAUAAUCUGAGAUUCAUGCUGCCUAAACCAUAUAAGAGUGAAAUUUGGGCUGCCAAAUGGUACAACUGUCCAAGUGUUGGCCCUGUCAUCAGGAUAUUGCCAAUUCCAUCCACAGUGAUCCCCCUCACCCCCUGCGAUGCUAGCCAGCACAGGCAUUUGUAUCUGAAAUAACAGAGCUGGUGGUUAGCACUCUCCUCUGAGCAUGUUCAGCUGUCCUGUAAUGUUGCAUUACUGGCAUUUCAGAAAGAUGUGGUGGCUGGCUUCACUCAGAGGAAGCCUGUGCUGGCCUUCAUCCUCCCAGCCCUGGUGAUAUCUUGUGACUGGAGGAGUCCAUUGAGGAGAAAAUUGGAAAAAAGCCAAACACGCACAAUUUUGGCAUAUAUUAGCAUGUAUACAUUAUGAAUGUGGCUGAAGCCAGGGAAGAGUUCAGAAGCAUUGUGUGGACAUCUCAUUGCACAAGCCUUAAUAUGCAGUAUUCCGACUGGCGUACAUGAAGGGUACCUAAUGGCAGGAUUUGUUGUUUCGGAAACAUUCCAGUUGAAUGUUGACUCUUCAUGCUCCCUCUAUACUUUUCACUUUUUUGUAAAAUCAAUUGUUUGUGUACAAUUAUUCAUUUUGAGUAAUGAUAUAAUGAUCUUAAUAAAAAGAUUUCUUAAAACAGAA